ACCAAACUCAGGUUGCCCGUAUUCGCCGUCGGCUCGCGCCGAAGCUCCCCCCUCCCCCCGCCGACAAUGGCGAUUCCGCCGCUUCGCUUGACCUCCGCCGCCGCCGCCAUCGUCCCCGUCUCCCUGUGCCUGCUCCUCGCCUUGGCCCGGUCCGGCGUCUCGGCCGCGCGCGACGUCGCCGCCCACCCCACCGCCAUGGUCCUCCCGCUGUUCCUCUCGCCCCCCGACGCCUCCUCCCGGGCCACCGCCGCCGCCUCCUCCUCCUCCCGCCGGCAUCUCCGGCGAUCGCAUCGCCCCAACGCGCGCAUGUCUCUGUACGACGAUCUCGUCCUCAACGGAUACUAUACUACGAGGCUUUGGAUUGGAACGCCGCCUCAGAAAUUCGCGCUGAUCGUUGACACGGGAAGCACUGUCACUUAUGUGCCGUGCUCUACCUGCGACCAGUGUGGCCGUCAUCAGGAUCCAAAGUUCCAACCUGAAUUGUCAAGUACCUACCAACCCGUCAAAUGCAACAUCAAUUGCACGUGUGAUGACAAGAGAGCACAGUGUAUUUAUGAGACGCCAUAUGCUGAAAUGAGUACUAGCAGUGGUGUGCUUGGCGACGACAUAGUAUCCUUUGGCAAUCUUAGUGAACUUGCACCACAACGUACUGUUUUUGGUUGUGAAAAUGUUGAAACAGGCAACCUUUUUAGCCAGCAUGCUGAUGGCAUAAUGGGGCUUGGCCGUGGAGAUCCCAGUAUUGUUGAUCAACUUGUUGAGAAAGGCGUGAUUAGUGAUUCAUUCUCCUUAUGUUAUGGUGGAAUGGAAAUUGGUGGCGGUGCUAUGGUUCUUGGUGGAAUAUUUCCACCAUCAGACAUGGUGUAUGCAUAUUCAGAUGCUGGACGUAGGAGAUACAUGUUGCGGGGAAGCAAUUGGCUCUAAAACCCAGUGUUUUUGAUGGAAAA